UGGGCGCCUAGGAUGAUGGUCCCUGACAGGGUGCCACUUGGCACCUUGCAGGGCUAGUUUUGAGCCUAGGUGGCGCUUGCCCCACAAGGCAUUCUGUGACAUUUGGUAGGGAUUGCUCGAGUAGGGAACUCUUGCUAGGGCUAGGUCGUAGUCUCUCGCUCUACGUUCGGCAGGGUUCACCUCGCUUUAGUCACCCUUUUCGCUAGCGACUCUGGAGUCCGGAGCAGCACUGCAGCUCAGUUCUUUGAGCCCUUCUUUUCAAACCCUAAACCUUUCGCACUGACGCCGGUGCUGGAGGCUGGCGGAGUCGAGGUAGACCCUUAGGUUUUUCGGUCAGUACAUCCUAGUUCUACUAUGAGUGGGCUCGGUGCGAGCGCAGCGGCGGGGGCAGUCGGAGGAGCAGCCGCCGGUGCAGCCGCGGGGUUGGGGGUAGAUAUGGACGUCUCGCCGGCUCCAGCUACAGUCGCCGACAUCAGAGACGGUUUUCGGCGGCAGCGUAGACGGACCGACACGGACGAGGACAGGCAGGAGCAGUUUGCACUAGAGCAGGAGACGGAGUGGAGGCGGACCUUGCAGCGCGAGCUGCAGCUCUCGAGUCUGGAGGGGGGUGUCCUCGAGAGCAGGACCGUCAUCGAGGGUUGGGUUAGCAGGGUUAGGGCUACGGCUGAGGAGGCGCGUGUGGCUCACGAGCAGGCUGUUGCAGAGGCAGCGGCGCUACAGGCAGCACGUGAGCAGUUUAGACAGGAGACAGAGCAGCAGCAGCAGCAGCAGCAGCAGCAGCAGCAGCAGCAGCAGCAGCAGCAGCAGCAGACGCAGCAGCAGCCAGCCACAGCAGCACGGUACGUCCACCAGGAGACCACCAGGAUCGACAGGCAGCAGGCGCAGCGGACGGCCCAGCAGGAGCGGCGAGCACAGGCAGAGGGUGCGCCGGUAGACGAGGUCAUGGGGGAAUUUGUCCCUCGUGAGGUCGAGAGACAGGUCGGCGCUUGGCAGGACGAGCAGAGGGAGGCCUGGCGUCGGUUUUCUGAGCGUCUAGACCGUCUUGAGGGUCGUCGACAGGGGCAGCAGACGCAGCAGCAACGGGGUAGGACCCGUGCUAGGGAGCCGACGGGAGAUGGCCGCCUCGAGUCCAUCUCCCCUGUUCGCAGCCGUCCACAGCCAGCCACAGCGGCGGCACAGACUGCAGGACCAUCUGCCGCAGCAGCCCCAGGGGCAGCAGCAGACGGGGCAGCAGCAGCAGCAGCAGACGGGCCAGUAGAGGCAGACACAGGGGACGGGGUUGGUAGCCGAGGGAGGCACAGACCACGUAGGAGGCUAGAGGAGUCGGACAGGGAGCGUCUGCUUCGACGGUUUGCCAGGCGCAGUGUGCAAGAGGUCGCGGACAAGCUAACUAACGUGGCUGUCCACAACCUCUCGCGCAGGCGUCUGACAGAGGAUGAGCUUACAGGCCUUGCUCUUGGCCUUAAGUUCAUCCCUACGCCCCCUCCUCUUGACCGAGGGCGGCUGAGUCAGGCUGUGGAGCAGUAUCAGCGGCGGGUUAGGCUAGCGUGGCAGUUUCGGGACAGCCGCAGACCGGUGCCUAGGUUUCGGGUCCCACGACCUAGUUGGCAGCCGGACCCGGGGCCACCAGAGGUCGAGGAGUAUCUUGCUGAGGUAGCUGACAGGGUGGAGGGGCUGGCGGGUCUUAUAGGAGGGCCCGCUCGGCCCAACAUCAGCAGCCGCGUUAGGGGUGCACUCCUGGGGUUGAGUCGUGACCGGUCUGUUGUCAUCAAACCGGCGGACAAAAACCUUGGGAUCGUGGUACUGGAUAGGGACUGGUACGAGGGGGAGGCGCUGAGGCAGUUGGGGGACAGGGCAGUCUACGAGCCGGUUGCUGCGGUGCCGCUACGUUCCCUUUGGCAGCAGCUGUGUAGGUGGGCAGAGCAGGCGCGUUACGCAGGGGUUCCGCCACAGGUGCUGGACUACAUCUUGCAGCCGCGUACUCCGCCGACGGGGGUGUCUGCCGGGGUCUGGGAGCAGUUUCGGGUGUGCAGAUUUUACCUACUACCGAAACUGCACAAGACCCCGGUGGCUGGCAGACCCAUCUGCUCGUCUACGCUUUGGGUCUUUGAGCACGCGUCGGCGGUUCUUGAUCACCACCUCCGCCCCCUCCUACAGUUCUCACCCGCACACCUUCCUGACUCGCUCGCACUUCUUCACCAGCUUCAGGACCUCUCUGUGCCUGCUGACGCUCUCUUCCUCACUUACGACGUAGAGAGCCUCUACCCGUCGAUUCCUAUCGACGCAGGUAUCAGCUGCAUAGAGAGGUGGCUGUUUCGGCUGGUAGGGUUGGGUAGGGUGGCGGUGCGGGUAGCAGACGCGUUGGUGCAGCUGUUGGGGUUAGUCAUGAGACAGAACCACCUCGAGUUUGGUGGUCGCUUCUGGCGACAGGUUCGGGGUACUGCCAUGGGCACGCCUGUGGCGGUGAUCUACGCGGUUCUGUUCAUGGCUUGGUUAGACGAGAGGCUGUUAGAGACCGAGCCAGAGUUGUCGCAGUUCGUCCUUCUCCACCGCAGGUUUAUAGACGACGGGGUGGUUAUUUGGACGGGUACACGUGAGCGGCUCCUGGACUGGGUGCGGGCUUUCGGUGGGUUGGAGCAGACUAUUCGAUUGACCCACGAGAUCUCGACCUCACACUUUACCUUGCUGGACAUUACGUUCAGCAAGGGGGAGCUUUGGCAGAGGACGGCUGUUCUGGACACUAGUACUUUCCAGAAGCCGCUUAACGUGUACCAGUACUUUCCUUUCUCCUCCGCGCACCCCUCUCACUGCAAGAGGGGCUUUAUUUUGGGAGAGUUGCAGCGGGUGCCACUUGGCACCUUGCAGGGCUAGUUUUGAGCCUAGGUGGCGCUUGCCCCACAAGGCAUUCUGUGACAUUUGGUAGGGAUUGCUCGAGUAGGGAACUCUUGCUAGGGUAGGAAAUGUCUUGCUGAUGAUGCCUUCACGGGCGAAAUCGAUA